GGUGGCGGUAAUGUUGUUUUGCCAACCGCCAAUAAACCACGAAGAAGAAGAAGAAGAAGAAGAAGAAGAACGACACAACGGACACAACCGACACGGAAGUGCGCGUUGUAAACACAGCUGUGAAUCUUUGGCUGUUGACGUUACUUUCACAAAGAUGGUGUACGUGUCCAACGGUCAGGUCCUGGACAGCAGGUCCCAGUCACCAUGGCGACUGUCCUUACUAGUCGAUCUCUUCUGGGGGGCAGUGGAAUUCAUCGGCCUGUUUUUUAAAUCAAUUAUUCACCCCGACUUGACAAAGGAUGGAAACUAUGGUUCGUCACGCUUUACUGAUGGCAGAGGUCCUCCAGGUCCCCCUGGUGGCAGACGACGGAUGGGAAGAGUAAACCACGGUGCAGGUCCCAGCGCUCCACCGAUGGGUGGAGGAGGAUGA